AUGUCGUCAAGAGGGCGGACCCCUUUGGCCAUCCCAGCACGCCAGCUCUUCUGCCAGAGAUUCGAGACGCAGCAGCUCAAAUCGAAACCUCAGCCACAUCCGCUCAUUGUGCUCAUGUCGAGGAACUCGACCGGCAACUGGGAGGACGGGCCCAAGUGGAUCCUGUCUUCCUAUGUAGGAUUGAAUCCGACGCGCAUCGCCUUGAUCGAGCUCGUGAACAGCGUCAUGGGCGUUAGUAUAGGGUUGGAAAUUGUUUCGAUCAGUCCCAACCGAUUCCGAACUUCGCGUUCGGGAAACGAUCGAAAUUGCCCGCCGACUGUAAAAGGCAACUUCAGCAGCGCGCUCGUUCUGCCGGCGAACCUGGUCGGCCGGAGAUCCUGGCCCUUGGCCUUCGGGCUGGCGCGGUGGAGCCGAUGUUGGCCUGAUCUCUCUGGGGGCUGCCUGAGGUCGAUCUGUGAGAGAAAUGUUGACGAUUUCUGCAGCGAGCAUGCGCUGGAUGCGCGUUAA